ACUUCAACUCCACAAAGGGACCAACCAGCCCAGCCACCACCCACUGAGUCCAACUGCGUGUUACACUGACUCACUCACUCUCCCUUAUUAUUUUAACAAAAUAUCCAUUAAUUCAAAAAAUAAAAUGGUUUAGUAUCCGGUCCACUAAACUGUUAAUCUAAUUCGAAGGUAAGUUCUGAUAUCGAGUAGUUACAUCUCCUCCUGAUCGUCCAUUAAUUCAAGUUUAUUUCUUAGCUAGUCUUUAUAAGCUUAAUAUAUAUACACACAUAUUUUUUCGAUAAUUAAAGCUAGCUAAUUAUAGAUAAAUGCAUGCAUAAGAAUAUGAAUAUAUGAUAUAUCCAAUUAUAUAAUAUCUUGCAAUAAAUCAAUCUACGUGGAAAACCAAUCAACAAAAAGUAUCUUUCAUUUCCUCUCAUCGUUACCAAAACCCUUUAAAAGACGCAACUCCAAACACUUCCCUCUCUAUAUAAACACACACACUCCCAAACACUCCAUACACCCCACCUUACUCUCUCUCAUUCAUUCACAUUAUUCUUCAAUUUAUCACACAAACCAAAUAUGGGCUCUUACAAAAAGUUAAUAACUUUCAUGUUAUUAAUUUUUAUAGUGAUUACAUUAAGUGAAGGAAGAGUACCCUUUGCAUGUGACCCAAACAAUGGUUUAACAAGAGGGUACAAAUUUUGCAAUACAAGAGUGCCAAUUCAUGUUAGAGUACAAGACCUUAUUGGAAGACUUACAUUGCCUGAAAAGAUAAGGCUAGUUGUGAACAAUGCAAUUGCAAUUCCAAGACUUGGAAUACAAGGCUAUGAGUGGUGGUCGGAGGCUUUACACGGUGUUUCGAAUGUGGGCCCGGGUACUAAAUUUGGUGCGGCCUUUCACGCCGCCACUAGCUUCCCUCAAGUUAUCACCACUGCUGCUUCUUUCAAUCAAUCUUUGUGGCUUGAAAUUGGUCGGAUUGUGUCUGAUGAAGCAAGAGCAAUGUACAAUGGUGGAGCAGCAGGAUUGACAUUUUGGAGUCCUAAUGUAAAUAUUUUCCGUGAUCCACGGUGGGGCCGUGGCCAGGAGACACCGGGCGAAGACCCCACCUUGGCUGCAAAAUAUGCCGCCAGCUAUGUUCAAGGACUACAAGGCAACGGAGCGGGUAACCGCCUCAAGGUUGCUGCUUGUUGUAAACAUUACACUGCCUAUGAUCUUGAUAAUUGGAAUGGUGUAGAUAGAUUUCAUUUCAAUGCCAAGGUUAGUAAACAGGACUUGGCGGACACAUAUGACGUACCAUUCAAAGCGUGUGUGUCGGAAGGAAAGGUGGCCAGUGUAAUGUGUUCCUACAAUCAGGUCAAUGGCAAGCCCACUUGUGCUGAUCCCGAACUCCUUCGCAACACCAUCCGCGGUGAAUGGGGCCUCAAUGGGUACAUUGUAUCAGACUGUGAUUCAGUUGGAGUUUACUACGACACCCAACACUACACAAGAACACCCGAAGAGGCAGCAGCAGCCGCGAUUAAAGCGGGUCUAGAUUUGGAUUGUGGUCCAUUUUUGGCUCUACAUACUGAUGGUGCUAUUAAGCAAGGACUUAUGUCUGAAAACGAUCUUAAUCUUGCUUUAGCUAACCUUAUCACCGUCCAAAUGAGAUUGGGUAUGUUUGAUGGUCCGGCCCAACCAUAUGGUAAUUUGGGCACAAAUAUUGUUUGUUUACCGGCCCAUAAUGAAGUUGCAGUUGAGGCAGCUAGACAGGGUAUUGUUCUCCUACAAAACAAAGGAAAUGCAUUGCCAUUGAACCCUACAAGAUACCGCACCGUAGGAGUUAUUGGACCUAAUUCUGAUGUUACUGAAACUAUGAUAGGGAACUAUGCUGGUGUGGCGUGUGGUUAUACUACGCCGUUACAAGGGAUUGCAAGAUAUGUGAGAACCCUCCAUCAAGCAGGAUGUAGCAAUGUUGCUUGUAGUGGGAACCAACUAUUUGGGUCAGCUGAAACAGUAGCAAGGCAAGCCGAUGCAACAGUAUUAGUAAUGGGCCUAGAUCAGUCCAUAGAAGCAGAAUUUAGAGACAGAGUUGGGCUUCUUUUACCAGGCCACCAACAAGAGCUAGUGUCUAGAGUAGCUAGGGCUGCAAGAGGCCCAGUUAUCUUAGUACUCAUGUCUGGUGGGCCUAUUGAUGUUACAUUUGCCAAAAAUGAUCCCAAGAUUAGUGCCAUUUUGUGGGUUGGUUAUCCUGGUCAAUCUGGUGGUACUGCCAUUGCUGAUAUCAUCUUUGGUAGAACUAAUCCAGGAGGAAGAUUACCUAAUACAUGGUACCCACAAAAUUAUGUGGCCAAAGUACCAAUGACAAACAUGGACAUGCGUCCAAAUCCAGCAAUAGGGUACCCAGGAAGAACCUAUAGAUUCUACAAAGGCCCAGUAGUUUUCCCAUUUGGGCAUGGACUAAGUUACUCAAGAUUCACACAUACCCUAGCACUUGCUCCAAAACAAGUCUCAGUUCAAUUUACAACCACUCAUGCCCAAGCCUUCACAAACUCAAGUAACAAAGCAAUGAAAGUGAGUCAUGCAAAAUGUGAUGAGUUGGAAUUAGGAUUUUAUGUUGAUGUGAAAAAUGAAGGGUCAAUGGAUGGGUCUCACACACUUCUUAUUUUCUCAAAACCACCUAAUGGUGUUAAACAAUUGGUGAAUUUUCAUAAGACUUAUGUUCAUGCUGGAUCAAAGACACGUGUUAAGGUUGGUGUUCAUGUUUGUAACCAUCUUUCUAGUGUUGAUGAGUUUGGGGUUAGAAGAAUCCCAACUGGUAAACAUGAACUACAAAUUGGUGAUCUCAAACAUUCUCUUUUGGUUCAAACUUUGGACCAAAUUAAACAUUAAGUGUCAAACAAAUUUGACACACAUACAUACAAGUUUUACAAUAUUUUUACUAAUAUUGAUUUCUCAAGUGAAUUGAAAUUACAAAGAAUAAAAUUCAUAAGAGUUUUGAAUUUAUGCAAAUGUAAAAUAAGGAAUAGAGGGUGGGGAUUAUUUGUAUAAGUCAAUUUAUAGUGCAACAACAAUGUGCUAUUCUUGCUCUAAAUGUAAAAUAGGUGAAUCUAGGUGACAUUGUAAAAUAGUCACUAUAGCAAGUGUAGUACAAUUGUUGUAAAGAAAAAGUGUAUAAUUAUUGCACUUCAUAUGUUGUUGAAAAGGUUUUUGAACAAAGUUGAAAGUUCUUAUUAUUUA